UCAUUCCUCGCUCAGUACUCGUGCGAUUAACACGUAUCGCGUUGCGACUCUACAUUUUUACCCAGUGUUCGUGUUCAGUGACUCAAGAUGAAAGCGAUAACAGCAGUGUGCGCGACCGGCGCCUCGGUCCCCGCGAUCGCGAGCGGUCGAGUGCAGCGACACCGGGAUGGCGAAAACGCUGAGAUACAAAUGUACCUCUCGAAGCUCCAGGAUCUCGUACCCUUCAUGCCCAAGAAUAGAAAGAUCUCCAAAUUAGAAGUGAUUCAGCAUGUUAUAGACUAUAUCUGCGACCUUCAAUCAGCGUUGGAGAAUCACCCAGCUGUUGGACAAUUUGACGCUGAAGGCGCCUUAGCGUCGCCACCUUGCGCAGCGUCGCCGCAGCCCCGCCCUCAGAGGAGACCGCUAGGCCCUCGCCCUACGCCCAACACCAUCCUCCGCAAAUCACCCUCCACACACGAACACAGAAAUCAAACGGCACCAGAAAAACAAAACCAACCUGACAGGCCGUCGUGUUAAAUGCAACCUAGGUUAAGACUUAUUUAUGGUUAAUAUUAAUAAAUAUACCUCGAAGCGGCCAGCGUUGCCAUGGGAGGCUCCAGACGCUUGGGAGAACAGAAGCCUCCGAACUUCAGUUCCAGUGAAGAUCAUCUUUCGAUGAUAUCCUAUGUACGAUCUCGUUACGAUCAAUAUAUGUACUUCUAUAAAUAAUUAUCAUUUUGUGGCAUUACACAGUGAAGACUUGAGCAUCGCAAUGCAAUGACCGUCAGUCGCUGAUUUCGACACGGGUUGUUUUGUUAUGAUUUGUGUAAAAGCUUUACUAGGUAGUUCGUAGUCUAUCUAUGUAAAUUAUCAUAUUAUUAUUGUAAAUAAAGAAAUAGUGAUUUUGUAAAAACAUAAUGAUUCUAUUCUUAAAUAUAUUUUAGAACAACACAAUGUAAAAAAAAAAACAGAACUUUUCUGAUCAAUUAAACUUAGGUUUUUAGUUAAAAACGGAUCUUCCAUUAAUAUCAAAGAUGUGAACCGAUUUUAAGUUGGUUUACGUAUAUUAAUUUUAUUAUUUAAAAAGAUAUAAUUUGAGUGUGAUUUUGCGUGGCAAUUUGUUGCUAUUAGUAAAUACGAUAUAUUAUUUGUAUGUAAGUGCUCAACGCGGAAUUAUUUUUGUUAAAUUAUGAUUUGCGUUAGCACCACUAGUAUAUGUAAAUAUUGUAAGUGAAGACGAAUACGAAGAAUNCG